GUGGUGCUCCACGUGAUCCCAGUCAUGUGACGAGGAAACAACUCAAACGGCAACAAGAGGCUCACUAGGUAGAUGCAGGGACUUUAAAUGAGUUCCAUGUAAUCUUAUUUUAGGCUAACUUGUAGCAGUCAUGGCUGCCGUUUUCCUCCUCCUCGCCUUCGCGUCUCCCGCAGCGGCUCGUUACACCGCGAACUGGACGAGUCUGGACGCCAGACCGCUGCCUUCAUGGUACGACGAAGCAAAGGUGGGGAUUUUUGUCCACUGGGGAGUAUUUUCAGUGCCAGGCUUCGGCAGCGAGUGGUUCUGGUGGCACUGGCAGGGUCAGCAGCCGCCUGACCCGAAGUGUGUGAGCUACAUGUCCAAGAACUACCCGCCCGGCUUCAGCUACCCGGAUUUCGCCCCUCAGUUCCACGCGCAGUUUUUCAACCCGGAGGAGUGGGCGGACAUCUUCAAAGCCUCUGGUGCAAAAUAUGUUGUCCUGACUUCCAAACACCAUGAAGGAUUCACUAACUGGGGGUCUCCAUACUCCUGGAACUGGAAUUCUGUUGAUAAUGGUCCUAAAAGGGACUUAGUGGAAGACCUGGGAGAUGCAGUUCGCAACCGAUCGCUGCACUAUGGCCUCUACAACUCCUUGUAUGAAUGGUUCAACCCCCUCUACUUGGAGGACAAGAAGAAUGGAUUCAAAACCCAACAGUUUGUGAUGCAGAAACUACUUCCUGAACUCUAUAACAUUGUUGUAAGGUACAGACCUGAGGUGAUUUGGUCUGACGGCGACUGGGAAGCGCCAGACACCUACUGGAACUCCACCCAGUUUCUGGCGUGGCUUUACAACGACAGCCCUGUCAAAGAUACUGUUGUGACCAAUGACCGAUGGGGGCAAGGCACUGCCUGUAAACAUGGUGGCUUUUAUAACUGCCAGGACAAAUACACGCCAGGCCAGCUGCCCAAACACAAGUGGGAGAAAUGUACAUCUGUGGACACUUUAUCCUGGGGUUACCGACGAAACAUGAAGUUCAAAGAACUGAUGGACUUACCUGCUAUUAUUGACGAUCUGGUCAACACAGUGGCUCUUGGAGGAAAUUAUCUUCUCAAUGUAGGUCCCACAGCCGACGGGACAAUUCCCAGUGUGUUUGAGGAGAGGCUGAGGGGUCUUGGCGCCUGGCUGGAAACCAACGGAGAGGCCAUCUACGCCACCAAACCCUGGAGGGUCCAAAUGGAAAACAGCACUGUGCCAGUGUGGUAUACCUCAAAAGGUGCCACGGUCUACGCCAUUGUAACAGCCAAACCCCCAACAACUAUACUGAAGCUGUUGAUCCCCCAAACAUCAGCAACAACUAAGGUGACUCUCUUGGGGCGUCCGUCCCCCCUCCCUUGGGCACCGGUCUACCCUAAUGCAGGUCUCUCUGUCCUUUUGCCUGAGCUACCUUUCACUCCUGGUCAAGCCUGGACACUCAAACUGGACAAUGUCCAGUGAAAUUUGAAGUUAUAAAAUAUUCACCAUGUAAGGUGAAUAUUAAAGGUGAAUUUAAAUAUUAAAUUCAAUUCAUGUUUUAAUUUUUCACUUUGGAGGGAUAAUAGGACAAUGCUUAAGGGAAUUUUUUUUUUACAUCUUUGAUCAUUGCUUUACUGAUCUGAAAACUUGUUUAUUGUUAACAUAUGACAGUGUCUUAUUUAAAAAAAUAAAUGUUUUUGAAACAUUUUUAUUACCAUAAAUGAAAAGUGGCAUUCCUGUUCAACCUGUGGAUAUUUCUCAGCUGAUUGUUUCCAAUUUUGUGGAAAAUAAACACUCUCUCGCAAAUUUA